GCAAUGUUGAAAUUUGCACACAAUUAUUUCAGUAAAUAAUUUCCAAUCAAACAUGGCAGAGAAAAGGAUCUGGACUUUUCUGUCGACAAACGAUAUUUAUAAUGUGUUUGUAAGUUUCGUUGUCGCUGCCAGUCUGCUCGUCUUGGCUAUAACUAUGUCCAGAGCUUUACCUUCCAGGCAAUUUUACAAGUUAUCAAUGAAUAGAAAUCGUUUAAAUCUAACACCUGAGCUUAGUUACAUAUGCAACAUCACAGCUGGGGGUAAACUGAGUGGGAGCAUAGACUGUAAAGAAAAUCAUAACUCUGCUGGCGCUCCUGUGAAACCAACGACACAAAGCACGACGACGACAGGCGAUGUUAUUGACGACUAUGAAAUGCGAAGAUUUCAUGAAGAGUUCAAAAAAGCUGCCAAAAGAGACAUGGAUUUCGGUACAGGCUUCAAUAGGUUGUCCUAUUCUUCAACGUCCAAUGAUACAAAAACCAAAGGGUUGAUUAAUUCAGAACAUGGGAACGAGCAUACAAUGCAAAGUAAAUCCGGACCACAGAAAGAAGGAACUAUCUCAUUAAAUAAAAUGAAAUCAUUGAAUAAAGACAGUGUGUCUGAAUUACAACAUAAAAACUUUCACAGUUAUGCCCAAGACAGUUUAAAAAGAGAGGCUUUAGCCCAGAACGUUCGCAAUGAAAACAAAAAUAUAGGUCCAAAAUUGAAACAUUUUGCGUUUUUAAAAGUGCAUAAAGCUGGUUCAACUACAAUGCAAAAUAUCUUUUUUCGAUUCGGUCUGAAAAACGGCCUCACAUUUGUUUUACCAAAGCAUGGCCAUUACCUAAAAUACGCCAGGGAUGUGAUCCCAGUUAAGAAAGGAGCCCACUAUGACAUCUUAUCAAACCAUAUUGCGAGCUUUAAAAAUCAUUUUUUCAAAAAGUUCACCCCUUCCGAUUCUGUUAAUAUAGCAAUAGUUCGGGAACCUUUGGACAGGAUGAUAAGCGCUGCGUUUUACUACAGGGAAGUCUGGAGUACGCCGUAUUUAAAGAGAAUACCAAAAGACAGGUUCAUCUUAAAUUUGAUACGGCAGUCUGGCAAGUAUGAAAAGGACAAUCUAUCAAAAACAAGGAACUCAAUGGGUUUAGAUUUCGGUUUCCCGCGAUCAAUAAAACGUAGCAACAAGGCCGAAAUAAAGCGUAGAAUGGAACGUUUGCAAAGGAACUUUAAACUUGUUCUUGUAAUGGAGAAAUUUGACGAGUCUCUGGUUCUUCUCAAGAGAACUAUGAACUGGGAUAUCUCAGAUAUAAUGUAUUUACCCACUAACAGUCAUUCUCAUAAAAAGACUCACAUUUCAAAGAAAGAUCUUGCAAAAUUUAAAUCCACGAACUUUUUAGAUUAUAUAAUUUACAACACAUUUUCAAGUAUCCUUGACGAUAAGAUUAAGGCCGGUGGACAAGAACUUAAAGAAGAGGUUGAAUAUUUUAAAAGUGUAUUACAAAUGGCGAAAAAGUUCUGUGAUAAAGGGCCGGCUCAUCGGAAAGAAAUUUUGAAAAUUUCGGAAUCAAAAUGGAACAAAGCUUUUACCUUUCCUUACACUGAAUGUAAAUAUAUAAAAAUGGAAGAGCUGGAUUUUGUUGCACGAUUAAAAACAAGACAUUUGAGAAUGAAUAACUUGAAUAAAUCUAUACUCAACUAAAGGUUCCAUGCGAUUUUAAUUUGAUACUAUAAAUUUUUAUAUUUUUAGUUCAAAUUAGAAUUAAGUCAUAAAUAUUUUAAUAGCUUUCACGAUUUUUACGAUUUACCGCUUGAAUCUCUAUGCAACUAAAUGAUCAACAACAUUAAUACUAUUGAUCGAUUUUGCAAAUAUAUUUACAUACUUUGAUUGUUGAAAAUAUUUUCGAUACUUCUAGUGUAAUAUAUGAUUAAAUGUGCCAUCUUAAACCGAAUCCUAUAUGCAUAGAAAGACGCUAGAGGAUAAGUUGAAGUUUUAAAGACAUUAAAUAAAAUAAAACUUUUUUGUAUUCAAAUACAUAUUAUAUAAACGUAUUGUAAAUUACAUGUAUUUCAGAUACACUUAUAAAUAUGGUAGCUUUCUAAUUGAUUUUCAUUAUAUCUGAUUAUUUCAUUCUAUAUUUUGUAAAUUAUAGGUAGUGAUAAAUGUGUUUUAUAAAUACAUUGUAUCAUCCCUUCACUAGUUUUUACAGACAUAAAUCUGGAAGCGUAUAGGGUUUCUUUUUUCGGCAUUUUCAUUUUUUAUCCCAUUUCACUCUAUACAUUGUAUUUGCAAGAAUAUAUCAAAUAAAAAUAUUCGAAACAUUACGGCAUUAAAAUCUUUGUUUAAUUUAUCAUUAUCAUUUGUUAUAUUUUAUAUCAAAUAAAGGCGAUUGCCUA